AAACGUGCUCAACGCUGUGUUAUUCGCGAGAACACGUUUCGUGAUUACGUUGUGUUAAUUAUUUUUUGUUUUACGAAGACGAAAAUCUAUUAUUUCGACGUUAGAGUGAAAGCCAUUAAUUGGUCUAAACGGUAAAAAUGCCUAAACAAAGAAGCUAUAGAGUAUGGUCUGAAAAUGAUUUAUGGCUUGCUGUUGCCGCAUACAAAAAUGGCGAUUAUGGCUUGAACGAAAGUAGUCGUGUGUAUGGCGUUCCCAAGGCAACUAUUAAGAGAUAUGUUGAUAACACCGAUCCGGACAAUAUUAAAACAUUGGGUAGACCGGCAAUAUUUUGUAACGAUAUGGAAAGGAUUCUUUCUGAACACAUCCUUCAUCUUGAAGAAUGUUUUUUUGGUUUAACAAUUAGGGAAGUCAGAAAGCUAGCCUUCGAUGUUGCCGAAAAAUAUGAUUUACCACAUAAUUUUAAUAGAGAUACAAAAAUGGCUGGUAAAAAAUGGUUUUAUGCAUUUAUGAAACGAAAUUCGCAUCUUUCGCUCCGGAAACCCGAAGGAACCUCAAUGGCAAGAGCCAGAGGCUUUAAUAGGGAGAAUGUGAAUCAUUUUUUUGAUUUAUUGGAACAAAUUAUCGAAAAGUAUAAAUUUAGAGCCGAUAGUAUUUUUAACGUGGACGAAUCUGGGUUUACCACUGUGCAGAAGAGUCUCCCCAAAGUACUUGCUCGUAAAGGAAAGCAGCAGGUGGGAAGUGUAACAAGUGGUGAACGUGGCGUGAAUACAACCAUGGUAUGUGCAGUUAAUGCUGCUGGUCUCUAUAUUCCACCAAUGAUAAUUUUUAAACGGAAAAGGCUUCACCCUGAUCUCGAAAUUGGAGCACCCCCCGCCAGUAUAGUCACGAUAUCGGACACAGGAUAUAUUAACUCAGAUCUCUUUCUUGAUUGGCUAAAACAUUUUCAAAUGCAAAUAAACUGCAGUGAAGCAAAAAAAGUUCUCCUAUUGCUUGACGGCCAUACUACACACAGCAAAAAUUUUCAGGCUUGUGAGUUUGAGCUAGGAGUAAUGGAAUUGUUUUGCUUCAACUGCCUGGCCACACUACCCACCGUUUACAGCCAUUGGAUGUAGCCUUUUUCGGUCCUCUACAGACUUAUUUUACACAAGCUCAAGAAACAUUUCUGCGGCAAUAUAAAGGUGAUAAGAUUUAUCAAACUCAAAUGUCCAAAUUACUUAAUGAGGCAUAUGGCAGAGCGGCCACUGUGGCAAUUGCAGAGAGUGCCUUCCGUGCUUCCGGAAUUUGGCCGGUGAAUAGGCAUGUAUUUACAGAUGACCUAUUUGCAGCAGCUGAUGUUUUGCAGCCUUCUGAAAGCCCUGCUACAAUUUCUAGCAGUGACACGGAUAAUGAAGAUAGAAGUGAUGAUGGAAUUAAGAGAUUUAAGAGAGUUCUUGAAGAAGUAUCACCGCGGGCCAAGAAACAUCCAAAUCCAAAUGGUCCUUCGACUUCUCGCUGUGCACCAAAGGCCCAGAAAGCAGUAGAAAUUACAAGUAGCCCUUACAAAUCGCAGUUAGAAGAGAACAUAAAGAAAAUUAAAAAAUAAAGUCCCCAAAGUUUAACAAAGUACAGCAAGGUAAAAAGCAAACUGCUGAUUCAUGGUUCUGUGUAUUGUGUGAAGAAGUCAAAGAAGAGGAAAUGAUACGAUGCAUGAAAUGUCACGUUUGGAUACAUACGCAAUGCGCUGGAGUUAGUGCUGCAGCUAAAAGAUAUUUUUGUUGCAAUUGCAAAUAAAAAAGCUAAUGGUCUAAUUUAGG